UGUGUGUGCCUCAAACGUGUGUGGUUCUGCGGUUCUGCAGCUGGAUAUUAUUGGGGAAUGGCGAUGCGAAAGCAGAGGUCCUACAAUCUCAUCUGUAACGGCGCAAAACAGUAGAUUAUCGUCUCGUUCUGUAGCACCUUCUCUUUGUGAACUGCAGAAGAGUGUAUUAUUAUCUGGAUUGACUGCGGAUGGGUUUUAAUAAAGCUUAUACGCGGUGCUGAAGUCUCGCUCGUGACGAUCCUUGAAAGUACGUCAUUGAGAAGCGUGAUGGUCAGCGGCUGAUUGUUUCCUGAAAGCUCUGCUAAUGUCUGCAUUGGUGUUUUAGCUGCAGUAUGGCAGAGGAGCGAGUAAAGGACUCUCUCUCAGAGAAACACAGUUCAGUUCAUCAGAAGAGCUGGGUGUCUAUGAAAAGUGACUGGUCUAUGGAUCCCGCAAUCAAACGACCUGCUGUCAGUGUGGUAGGAGAUGAUCAGCCUGGAGACCUGCAGCAGCAUGCACUCCAACCAGAACAUGAUGAACUUCAGAGAGUCAAAGAGCAGCACAAAACCAGCAUGAAGAACAAGUAUGAGAGAUUAUUUGAGGGAAUCAACUAUCAAGAGACUCAAACCCUCCUGAAUAGGAUCUACACACAGAAUUACAUCAUAGAAGGAGGGAGUAAAGGAGGGAAUAGAGAGCAUGAGGUUUUACAGAUGGAGAAAACAGCCAGAAAAAUACCCUCACAACACACCCCAGUCUACUGCAAUGACAUCUUUAAAGCCUCAGCUGGAGCAGGACAUGAGGAGAAGACAAAGGUGGAGAAAGCCCAGAUCAAGACUGUUCUUACCAAAGGCAUCGCUGGAAUCGGGAAAACCGUCUCUGUGCAGAAGUUCAUUCUGGACUGGGCCGAGGGAAAAGCCAAUCAGGAUGUAGAUUUCAUGUUUGUGCUUCCAUUUCGAGAGCUGAACUUGAUCCGAGAUCAUCAGUACAGUCUUCACAGACUUCUGCUGGACUUUCAUCCUGAACUUGAAGAUCUGGAGCCCAAGAUUUAUGAGCAGUGUAGAGUUGUGUUCAUCUUUGAUGGUCUGGAUGAAAGCAAAAUCACACUGAACUUUUCAGAUGAGGAGAAAGUUUGUGCUGUGACGGAAUCUUCAUCAGUGGCUGUGUUGAUAUCGAACCUUAUGAAAGGAGAUCUGCUUCCCUCUGCUUUCAUCUGGAUCACCUCCAGACCAGCAGCAGCCCAUCAGAUCCCCUCCAGAUACAUCAACCGUCUGACAGAAAUUCAGGGAUUCACUGAGCCUCAGAAGAAGGAAUAUUUCAGGAAGAGAAUCAGCGACGAGCAUCAAGCCAGCAGAAUCAUCUCCCACAUCAGAAGAGCAAGAAGCCUCCAGAUCAUGUGCCACAUACCAGUCUUCUGCUGGAUCUCCUCCACUGUGCUUCAGAAGCUCAUGGAAGAAGAUCUGAGUGCAGAAAUCCCUCAAACUCUGACUGAGAUGUACAUCCACUUACUGCUGAUUCAGAUCAACAUGAGGAAGCAGAAGUAUGAAGAGAGAGAUCCAGAGAAGCUCCUGCAGUCCAGCAGAGGAGUGAUCCUCAAACUUGCUGAAGUGGCUUUCAGACAGCUGAUGAAGGGCAAUGUGAUGUUCUAUGAGGAGGACCUGAUUGAGAGCGGCAUAGAUGUCACUGACGCCUCAGUGUAUUCUGGGAUCUGCACUGAGAUCUUCAAGGAGGAAUCUGUGAUUCAUCAGAAGAAAGUCUACAGCUUCAUCCAUCUCAGCUUUCAGGAGUUUCUGGCUGCUUUCUUUGUGUUUUACUGCCAUUUAACAAAGAAUAGAGAACCGCUGAGGUUGCUUUAUGAGAGUAAAUAUUUAGAUGAUGAAGAUGUGUCAGAUGAUGAUUUAUCUGAAUAUUCAUAUGAUCAAUAUCUACAGGUCAUCUCUGAGUUCUCUCUGUGUCAUCUGCUCAGUUUAGCAAUAUAUAAAGCUGUCAGCAGUAGUAAUGGUCAUCUGGAUCUGUUCCUGCGGUUCCUGCUGGGCGUCUCACUUGAGUCCAAUCAGAGACUCUUACAGGAUCUGCUGACACACACAAAGGAGAGCUCAGAGAGCAUCAGGACAAUCACACAGCACAUUAAAGACAUGAUCACGAGACAUGUAUAUCUCUCAGCUGAAAGAUCCAUCAAUCUGUUCCUCUGUCUGCUGGAGGUGAAAGAUCAGACUCUGGCCAGAGAGAUUCAGGAGUUUGUGAAAUCAGACAAACACUCAGAGGAGGAACUCUAUGAUGCUUACUGCUCAACAAUCUCCUACAUGAUUGAGAUGUCAGAGGAGCCGCUGGAUGAGUUAGACUCUAAUAAAUUCAACACAUCACCUGAGGGAAGAUGGAGACUCAUACCAGCUGUGAGAAACUGCAGAAGAGCUCUACUACAGUGGUGUUAUCUCACUGCUCAGUGCUGUGAGAGUUUGUCUUCAGCUCUACAAUCCUCAAAUUGUGUCCUGAGAGAGCUGGACCUGAGUAACAAUGACCUACAGGAUUUAAGAGUGAAGCCUCUCUUUGAUGGAUUGAAGAGUCCAGACUGUAAACUGGAGACACUGAGGCUACAGUGCUGUAAUCUCACUGUUCAGUCCUUUGAGAGUUUGUCUUCAGCUCUACAAUCCUCAAACUGUGUCCUGAGAGAGCUGGACCUGAGUAACAAUGACCUGCAGGAUUCAGCAGUGAAGCUUCUGUCUGAUGGACUGAAGAGUCCAAACUGUAAACUGGAGACACUGAGGCUGGUGACGUGUAACCUCACUGUUCAGUGCUGUGAGAGUUUGUCUUCAGCUCUACAAUCCUCAAACUGUGUCCUGAGAGAGCUGGACCUGAGUAACAAUGACCUACAGGAUUCAGAAGUGAAGCUUCUCUCUGAUGGACUGAAGAGUCCAAACUGUAAUCUGGAGACACUGAGACUGGGCAUUUGUAAUCUCACUGUUCAGUCCUGUGAGAGUUUGUCUUCAGCUCUACAAUCCUCAAACUGUGUCCUGAGAGAGCUGGAUCUGAGUAACAAUGACCUGCAGGAUUCAGGAGUGAAGCUUUUCUCUGAUGGACUGAAGAGUCCAAACUGUAAACUGGAGACACUGAGAUUGUCUGGCUGUAUGGUGACAGAGGAAGGCUGUGGUUUUCUGUCUUCAGCUCUGACUUCAAACCCCUCACACCUGAGAGAGCUGGAUCUGAGCUACAAUCAUCCAGGAGAUUCAGGAGUCAAACUGCUUUCUGAAAAACUGGAGGAUCCAAACUACACACUGGACAAACUCAAUCUGGAUCAUGGAGGAGACACGAGGAUUACAGCAGGACCACGCAAAUAUGCCUGUUUUCUCACUCUGGAUCCAAACACAUUAUACACUGGUCUCAUUCUGUCUGAGGAGAACAGAGAGGUGAAGAGUGUGGAAAAGCAUGAGCCGUAUCCUGAUCAUCCAGACAGAUUUAAUGGUCUUUAUCCUCAGGUGCUGUGCAGAGAGAGUGUGUGUGGACGCUGUUACUGGGAGAUUGACUGGAGCGGAGAUAAUCGUGUGUGUAUAGCAGUGUCAUAUAAGAGCAUCAGCAGGAAGGGACUAGGUGAUGAGUGUUGGUUUGGACGUAACGCUCAGUCCUGGAGUUUGUGCUGCUAUUCCUCCAGUUUCAUAUUCUGGCACAAUGACACACACACUGAUCUCUCAGUAAAGCCGCUCAGCAGAAGAAUAGGAGUGUUUGUGGAUCACAGUGCAGGAACUCUGAUCUUUUACAACAUCAACAGAGACACAAUGAGCCUCAUCCACUCAGUCCAGACCACAUUCACUGAACCGCUCUGUGCUGGGUUUGCUGUUUGGCGUCCAUCAUCAGUGAAACUGUGCUGAAGACUGAGGAGGAGCAGUAGGUAGCAGUGUGUGUGUGUGUGUGCGUGUGUGAGAGAGAGAGAGAGAGUGUGUGUCUGUCUGUGUGAGAGAGCGUGUGUGUGAGAAUAUGUUUGUGUUUCAGUGUGUGUAUGAGAGUGUGUGUGUGUGUGUGUGUGUGUGAGAGAGAGAGAGAGAGAGAGAGAGAGAGAGAGAGAGAGUGUGUAUCUGUCUGUGUGAGAGAGCGUGUGUGUGAGAAUAUGUUUGUGUUUCAGUGUGUGUGCGUGUGUGUGUGAGAUUUUUUACAAAAAUACUUUAUUACAUGAUUUUUCAUUUCACACAUUGUAACUCCACAGCAGAUCGAACAGCAGCUCUCCUUCCUCCACAUUCCAGACAGCGUCCUUAUAACACACUGUUGUUCAAAGGUUUCAGCUUCAUUUAUGGCCUUGUAAUACUUCAAAUCUAUUGUAAUUCUGGAUCUUACGAAUGCUUUAAAACUGUAAAUCUCUUGAUCAUGUACCUUUCAUCUAGAAUAUUAAUAUGAAUUAUGCCCUUAAUGACCCCCUCCCUGGCUAAUUGUCACAUGACAUAGCGAUAAACAAAUGAACCAUUUACAUAAUUUAAGUAUUUGAGUAUUUUAUACUUCACAUGUUCUGAUUUUAUCAGCUUUUCAUGAACUCAUGAUGAAACUCGUGACACAUUCAAUAUAAAAUCUGCUGCUGAUACAGGUGCCGUGUCUGACAUUAAAUUGUGUCAAAGUUUAAGUGAAAACACUGCUUCAAAUAUUCUAAAUAUUUUUCAAAAUGAAAUUAUAAUACGAAUAUUUUUACUGAAAUGUUUUUUAAAAUUCUUGCUAAAUUAGGAGAAUUUCUCAAUCUUGUUACAGGUUUACAACCCAGAAACAAUGAGAUGUGUAACAGGGUUGAAUGUGAUGGGGUUGAGUUUUUAAAACAAAAUGGCCUCUGCUCCUCGUGUGGUUUAAAUGAGAAGGCCCACAUGGCAGCAAUUAAACAAGAAUAUGUUAUAUUGUUUGAAAAAAAACAAUAAUUUUCCAUCUUAGUUUUACGUUACGGGGUUGAAUUGUUAAGCUUGACCGCACUCUUCCUAAUUAUAAUAAACAUCAUAAAAUGUAAAGAAAUAAAAAUAUAUCUUGCCUUGUACAUGUUUGCUCCUCUAAGACUACAACACAGUUAUUUAAAAUGGUAAUAACACUUCACAAUCAGAGAGUUUUUAUUUAUCUCUUAAGUUAGCUUUAAUUAAUUAAAGAUUCAGGAUGUACCUGAUGAAUUCUUUUUAAAGACUGUUCAAUGUCAUUUGCCAACGAUAUCUCACAGCAAUUCCUGACUUUUUUAUUUGGCUUGUACAUAUGAAUGUAUGGGAUCUUGUUCGUACAUUUUAGUAUGAUUAAUUUGCUCAUCCCUCAAUGAUGGUCGGGUUUAGGGGUGAGGUUUGGUGCCUUCUUUUAAAAAUCCUCCUACUGUUUGUAAAGCGUCCUUAAGCACUGGCGCUAUAU